CAGAUAGACCGGCAUCUCUUUCGCCUAACCGGUUGCUAGCAUGCCAAUGGUUGUUACUAGACGCUCAAAAUAGCAACCGGUACUCAUUGCCUUAGUGUGGUGGCGGACAGCAUCAAUAACCUGGUUCAUGCAACUUUGAAGGAUCGCAUGGGAAACGAGUAUGAGGAACAUUAUUAUGCUGUCCCUGCUCCUGAUCACCACGCAACACAAGGCGUCUGCAUCUAAAAGUGUCUCAGCAAGUCUAAAAGCCAAGUGGCAGACGACACCCUUUCUUUUGGAGACAAGUGAGUUUAUUGGAGAGGACAACAAUGAGAAAUUCUGGCAGUUUGUUGACACCGUGAAGGAGCUCACUGUGUACAAGCAAGGAGAGUCUGUCCGCUCAUACUACAAUUUAAUAAUCAAGAAAGCAAACCAGUUCCUGACGGAUCUUCAAGUGAACCUGCUGAAAUACGCUCUCUCUUUGCGCUUCUACUCACCAGCUGUUCACGCUUUCCAGCAGAUAGCCAGCCAUGAACCUCCUCCGAUGGCCUGUACCGCCUUUGUCUCCAUUCAUAGUCAACACAGCUGCAACACAAAAGACAUAAAGAAGCUCCUAAAGGCAGCUGCAGGCAGGCCCAAACCGUAUUUGUACAAGAGUGAUCACAUAUAUCCAGGUGCUAAUAAAACAGAUGUUCCCGUUGCAAUCCUGUACGCCGAGAUCGGAACCAAGAAGUUCAGCACCUUUCACACCGUGCUGUCAGAGAAGGCUGAUGGGGGUGCUCUUACGUACGUACUGCGGCAUUUUGUGGCGAACCCAAAGCAGCAGAUGAUGCUUUUGUCUGGCUAUGGCGUGGAGUUAGCCAUUAAAAGCACAGAAUACAAAGCAGUUGACGACACCCAAGUCAAAGAUUCAAAGACAAUCAUUAAUGCAGAGGAUGAUGAAAAGGAUGAAAUCCAAGGAUUCUUUUUUGGAACGUUAAAGAACUCUCACCCUGAUCUCCAAGAUCAGCUUGGUGAACUCCGUAAGCAUCUUGUGGAUAGCACCAAUGACAUGGCCCCUCUCAAAGUGUGGGAGCUGCAAGACCUAAGCUUCCAAGCGGCUGCUAGAAUCCUGUCUGUGCCAAAGUUUGAUGUUUUGAAGCUCAUGCGAGACCUCAGUCAAAAUUUUCCAGCGAAGGCAAGAUCACUGACAAGAGUGGCCGUAAAGAAGGAGAUGAGAAAAGAAAUUGAGGAGAACCAAAAGCAUCUCAGUGAGACAAUUGGUGUUCAUCCAGGAGACGGAGAGCUCUUUAUCAACGGUCUGCAUAUUGAUCUAGACAUUCACAACCCUUUCAGCAUUUUAGAGAUCCUCAGAGGCGAGGCCAGGGUAUUGGAGGGUCUUCACAACUUAGGUGUAAAAGGAGGAGAGCAUCAGAGCACACUGCUGAAAUUACCUGUGAACCACGUGGCGGACAGCUAUGCCUUGGAUAUCAGACAUCCAGCUAUAAUGUGGAUAAAUGACAUUGAGAAUGAUCCAGUGUACAGCGGCUGGCCGGCAGGUGUACAGGAGCUGUUGAGAACCACCUUUCCGGGAGUCAUCCGACAGAUCAGACGGAAUCUUUUCAACUUGGUGCUAUUCCUUGAUCCGAAAGAGGAGAAAAGUGUUGAGCUGGUGAAACUUGCCCAACUCUUCUAUAAACACAAGAUCCCCCUGAGAAUUGGAUAUGUGUUUGUUGUCAACGGUGAAGAUGAGAUUGAUGGCUUCUCGGAUGCCGGGGUCGGCUUUUACCGACUUCUGAAUUACAUCACAGACGAGUAUGAUUUAUCCCAGGCGCUGAUAUCCAUGGCUUCAUUGUACAACAGACUCGAUGAAGGGGAGACAUUGACGACUGACACAAUUUCUGCCUUCUUGAAGAGUAAAUUCCCUAAAGCCAACGCUGAAAGGAUCCUAGGUGCAGAAUCGGAAUAUGAUGCCAAAAGGAAGGACGGUGCCCUCUUCUAUAGAAAGAGUGGCCUAGGUGCCCUUCCUUUGGCUUUAUUUAAUGGAGUCCCCCUAAGUUCAGAUGAGAUGGAACCGAAUGAGCUUGAGAGCGUCAUCUUGCAGCGCAUCAUGGACUCCACCACUGCCUUCCAGAGAGCUGUUUUUAUGGGUGAGCUGACGGAGGGGACAGAUGUGGUGGAUUACUUAAUGGAGCAGGCUAAUGUAGUACUUAGAAUGAAUCCACUUAUUCUAAAUACGGACCGGAAGUACCUGGACUUCACUGCCACACCAGUUGUCGAUGACUGGGAUGACACAACUAUGUUUUCAUUCCUGGACUCCAAAGACAAGACCGCUGUGAUGGCGAAGAGAAUGAAAUACUUUACAAAUAAUGAUGAGGAUGGGAUGAGUGCUGUGACCAUGUGGAUUGUAGGAGAUUUUGAGAAAGCAUCUGGAAGAAAAAUGUUGCUUGGUGCUUUAAAACAUUUGAUAGCCAGCCCUGGAGUGCGUGUGGGGGUGAUAGAUAAUCCCAGUGGAAGGCCCAGCGAAGAUAACACGGUUCUGUACAGGGCAAUCUGGGCUUCUCUCCUCACCCAGAAGAAUAAAGCUGCAGCUGAGUUUGUGCGAAAACUUCUGAGGGAGCAAAGUAACCAACUCCUCCAGCAGGGGACCAAGAUGAAGGACUUGCUGCUGCAGGGCAUGGAUACAGAUGCCUUUGAGAAGAAGUUCAACACUCUUGAAGUUAAUUUUGUCCGCAGUCAGCAACUCUUCUGCCGGGACGUCCUAAAACUGAGUGGCGGACAGGGGGCAGUCAUCAGCAAUGGCAGGAUCCUCGGGCCACUCGAGGAGCAAGAGGAAUUCACUGAGGAGGAUUUCCAGUUGCUGGAAAUCAUUACUCGAAGCGGCUCUGCAGAGAAAGUCAAAGCCCAAGUUAAACUGAUGAAAAUGAAGCCAAAGCACGCCAGUGACCUGGUCAUGAAGGUUGAUGCCCUCCUAACUGCAGCCCCCAAGGGAGAAGUCAGAAGGGAUGUGAACUUUCUCCAAAACAUCCACAGUGUGCUCCAGCUCUUGCCACGUGAAAACGAAGUGUUCUAUGAUGUGGUGGCCAUUGUUGACCCACUUACCAGAGUGGCACAGAAGCUGUCCACUCUGCUGAUUGUGCUCAGUCAAGUGGUCAACUUAAAGCUGCGGUUGUUCAUGAAUUGCAGGGCCAAGUUGUCCGAGAUGCCCCUCAAGAGCUUUUACUCCUUUGUGUUAGAGUCUGACGUCACCUUCCUAGCCAAUGACACUGUGUCUGCUGGCCCUGUGGCCCGCUUCAUAGAGCUCCCUGAAUCUCCUCUACUCACCCUUAAUAUGAUCACACCAGAGGGCUGGAUGGUGCAGGCCCUGCGCAGCCCCUACGACUUGGAUAACAUUCACCUCCAGGAGGUGAGCGGGGCUGUAACCGCAGAGUAUGAGCUGGAGCACAUUUUGCUGGAGGGUCACUGCUUUGACCUGUCAACUGGCCAGCCUCCUCGUGGUCUGCAGUUUACCUUGGGCAUGAGUCGAGACCUGCUCAUGUAUGACACCAUCGUUAUGGCUAACCUGGGGUACUUUCAGCUGAAAGCCAAUCCGGGUGCCUGGACGCUACGACUGCGUAAAGGACGAUCAGAGGACAUCUACCAGAUUAUUUCUCAUGAUGGAACCGAUUCCCCAGCAGACGCAGGUGAUGUCAGUGUGUUGCUGAACAGCUUUCACAGUAAGAUCAUUAAAGUCAGGGUUCAAAAAAAAGCAGACAAGAUGAAUGAGGAUCUUUUAAGUGAAACGAGUGAAAACAAAGGCCUGUGGGACUCAAUAGCAAGGAGAUCUUAUUCAUCCCCAGGAUCCAGACUACAUUAUUAUGCUGUAAGAGCUAGUCUUGCAAAAAAUAUGUGCUUCUGUAGGUAUGUUGUUUGGAGCACUUUUGAGAAAAGCAUCGCAGGAGGAGGCUCCAAGAAGAACGAUGAAGAAAAGGAGAAAGACAAUGUUCUAAACAUAUUUUCAGUCGCCUCUGGUCAUCUGUACGAGCGCUUUCUGAGGAUCAUGAUGCUGUCUGUCCUUCGCCAUACCAAAGCACCUGUCAAGUUCUGGUUUCUCAAGAAUUACCUCUCACCCUCAUUCAAGGAAACCAUCCCCUACAUGGCGCAGUCAUACGGUUUUAAGUAUGAACUUGUGCAGUACAAGUGGCCACGUUGGCUCCACCAGCAGACCGAGAAGCAGCGCAUCAUUUGGGGCUACAAGAUCCUCUUCCUGGACGUUCUCUUCCCCUUGGCUGUGGACAAGAUCAUCUUUGUGGACGCCGACCAGAUAGUACGGGCUGAUCUGAAGGAUCUGCGAGAUCUGGACCUGGAGGGCGCGCCGUACGGAUACACACCUUUUUGUGACAGCCGCAAAGAGAUGGACGGCUAUCGAUUCUGGAAAAGCGGCUACUGGGCAUCACAUUUGGGACACAGGAAGUACCACAUCAGCGCGCUGUACGUGGUCGACCUGAAGAAGUUCCGCAAGAUCGCGGCGGGGGACAGACUGCGAGGCCAGUACCAAGCGCUGAGCCAGGACCCCAACAGUCUGUCAAACCUGGACCAGGACCUGCCCAACAACAUGAUCCACCAGGUGGCCAUCAAGUCUCUUCCUCAGGAGUGGCUGUGGUGCGAGACGUGGUGUGACGACGCCUCCAAAGUCUCGGCAAAAACCAUCGACCUGUGCAAUAACCCCAAGACCAAAGAGCCCAAACUGACGGCGGCGGCGAGGAUUGUGCCCGAGUGGCUCGGCUACGACAACGAGAUCAAACAUCUGCUGAAGACAAUCCAGGAAGACACCACGACAAAGGGGGCGACGCCAUCGCAACAAAGUAAAGGACACAAGCGUGAUGAACUUUAGCGUAUCAGAAUCUUCGCCUGAUGCCUCAGGUUUUUUUUGUCAAGAGACAAACUGAAAGCAUUAAGAAGAACAGGAUUUUUUUUGUUAGCAUCAAUUGAUGCUAAUUUGAACAUUUUUCAAGCCUUUAUUAUGAUUUUUGAUGAAGUGAACCUCGUGACUGAACUUUUGCCAAAUCUCCAGGAGAACAAGCAGGAUCCGUCCAUCCUGAAGUCAUCAAUAAAUUCUUCCGUGAGUUUACCCACCAUCAUUUUUACACUUUCAACCAUUUCCUUUGACACAACAACGUUGUUAUUUAUUCUACUGGGGAAGCCUUUAAGACAAUUUGCUGCUGACAAAGUUCAAAUGUGUUACAAGUACUGUGUGCUAAUAACUACCUUCUCAUUUGCCACGCCCACAAACACUUUAUCUACCAAGGAGUAUUAGGGGGGAAUAUUACUAUAAAACGUCCUUUUUUUUUUUGUAAUAAAUGCAUCCCUGUGACACCAGCAGCUAUUAGGUUUUAAAAAUUAUAUAUUACAAAAAUAUUUUAUUUUUCAGUGUUUAGACUUUGUUCUUGUGAAACAUCAUUUUUAGCUUGUAGAUUAUCUACCUCUUCCCUUGGGACUUUAUUCUAAAUUACAAUUUUUUUCUCAUAAAAAUUCUAAUUUUGUAUUUUUCUCUACGCCUAUAAAAUGAGAAACUAAUCUUACAGUAGUAAAAUGUUAACUGUAAAAUCAGAAUAAAGUAUAACUACUUUUUUAAAUAAUUUUGUCAUCAUGACUCAUUUCUCGGAAUGUCUUAGUCUUAUUCAUAAUAGUUCUACUUAAUGUUUAUAAGAUUAUAAAUAACGUCACCAAUUAUAUAUUAAUUUAAUCCCGUAAAAUAACAAUGUUCCUUUUCUCAAAAAGGAUACAUUUUUAUUGAAUAUUGACUUUACUGGUUUGAGAAUCCACAAUUUGCCCGUAAUAUUCCAAUUUAAUUGUCAUAAAAUUAAAAAAAAAGUCUUGUAAAAUACUUAAUUUUAUUUUUUUGUAAUAUUCAAAUUUUAUUCUCGCAAAAUUACCUUUUCCUGUAUCCUAAUUAUAACCAUAUUCUGCCUUUUUUCUAGUAAAAAUAGGACUUUAAAACCCAUUGGAUCCUAAAAUGUUAAACUUAGUUUACUUUUCCAGUCCAGGUAUGAAACAACCUGACAUGAAACUACAGUACUGAUGACUAUUUACUUAAAUAUCAGUAAAGUACUAUAUUAGUUACACCAGAAUCUAUUACAUCAAGCAUGUCUGUAAUAUUAUUCUAUUUGCCCAAUUUCCUCAUAGUUAGCAUUGUUUAAGCAUUUAGGAUUCUUUGGUUGUUGGGGAGCUGUGUGGUUAUGGAAGAAGUGGACGUGUUUCCUCCAUCACAAAUCUUGCCAUAUCAUUCAUUAUUAAAUUUUUCAAGCUAACUCUAAUUUCAAAAAAGGAAAGUAUUACUGCUUUGUGUAUCAAAUAUUGUUGAACGUCACAGUUGUGUACAUGUUUAACUUAUUACAGUAUCUUUACGUCUUUGGUGAAUCCUUGUUUUUAUUUCAUCAGCGUCUCAGGAAUGAACUUUAACUUGUUGCUGCUCUCGGCAAGAGUCUUAA